ACGACCUUACUUGAACAGGAUCUGUUCUAUAGGCUCGUACCUCUGUAUCCUUAAGUUCUAAGGAGACAGGAACUGAAGUCUGGUGGAUGAACCAUGACCCUGUGAUCAGAGCGUGAUUAACGGUAGUGUUGACUCAGUUUACGGACUGUGUUCAUCACCUCCUGUAGAGGAUCGUUCCCGUUCUAGCGAAUUGGGAUGGUCGCAGGGUUGUCUGACAGACUCCCAUAUAUUUUUUAAACAUAUCCAUACGUUUUGAGUUAACUAUAAACAUAAGAUAGCUGACAUGCAAGGAAAGACGCAAACAAUUACUAUAUAUAAUUGCCCCUACUUUCUCAAUGAUACCUUUUAUAGCGUUACCAUUUGGCGUUAAGCAUUCCUUUACCCUUUCAUUCGUUUUUGUCAAUCUGUCAGCAUUGGUCACCACCAUCAAGCAAGGAAAGACGCAAACAAUUUCGAUUUCAGAUUCUUAUUUUGCCACUUUUAUCCAUAACGACAACAACCCCAUCAACAGAGCAAGGAGAAUUAUACGACAUUAGUUAAUUUUGGCCACACCACCACCACCUUUGUGUUGUGCACUUUGAUCUUGGGACAAAGUUGAUUUUGUUUUUCAUUAAGGGAGACUUGGCUUUGUGGUUGAGCUAGCAAAUAUUCGUGUCUGUGUGUGUGUGUGUUUUUUUUUUUCUUUGAUGGGUGUUUCAAUUGGUUCACAAUCACAAAAUGGUUCAGGGGGUUCCUUCAAGUUUUUAACUAGGAGGAAGCAGGUUGAUUCUCAAAGUAGGAAUUACUCUCAGCCUUCUCUUGCCAGGGAGUUAACUGUUCCUCAUCUCAUUGCUAUUGGUGUUGGUUCAACAAUUGGUGCUGGAGUGUAUGUUCUGGUGGGAACAGUUGCACGGGAGCAUGCUGGACCUGCUUUGGCCAUUUCUUUUCUGAUUGCUGGAUUAGCAGCUGGUCUUUCUGCCUUUUGUUAUGCAGAGUUGGCUAGUAGAUGCCCUUCUGCAGGGAGUGCAUAUCACUAUUCAUACAUAUGUAUUGGAGAAGGUGUUGCUUGGUUGAUUGGUUGGUCCUUGAUUUUGGAAUAUACAAUUGGCAGUGCUGCUGUUGCUCGUGGCGUAACCCCCAAUUUGACUGCACUUUUUGGUAAGGAGAAUUUACCAGUGUUCAUAUCGCGGUACCAUAUUUCUGGAAUGGAUAUAGUUGUAGACCCAUGUGCAGCAAUCUUGGUAUUACUUGUUACAGGACUCUUGUGUCUGGGCAUCAAGGAGAGUACAGUGGUACAAGGAAUAGUGACAGCAGUGAAUAUAUGUGCAUUGCUUUUUGUCAUAGUAGCUGGUGGUUACAUGGGAUUCAAGUCUGGUUGGCUUGGAUAUGAUCUUCCUAUGGGACUUUUUCCCUUUGGUUUUAAUGGGAUACUAGCUGGUUCUGCCACAGUAUUCUUUGCAUACAUAGGCUUUGAUGCAGUUGCCAGCACUGCUGAAGAGGUGAAAAAUCCUCAACGAGAUUUACCCCUAGGUAUUGCAGGUGCAUUGUUUCUUUGCUGUGGGAUAUAUAUGAUGGUGUCCCUUGUUGUAGUUGGUUUAGUACCUUAUUAUGCAAUUGAACCGGAUACACCAAUAUCUUCUGCAUUUGCUGAACAAGGAAUGGAAUGGGCAGCUUACAUUAUAAAUGCUGGUGCUUGCACAGCUCUCUGUUCAGCAUUGUUGGGUGGGAUACUUCCCCAGCCACGAAUUUUGAUGUCUAUGGCAAGAGAUGGAUUGCUGCCACCUUUUUGUGCUGAUAUAAAUAAGAAGACUCAGGUUCCUGUUAAGGGCACAAUAGUUACUGGCAUUGUGGCUGCAGGCUUGGCAUUUUCUAUGGAAGUCUCUGAAUUGGCAGGGAUGGUUAGUGUGGGUACACUUUUAGCAUUUACCAUGGUGGCAAUGUCUGUGUUGAUCCUAAGAUAUGUCCCUCCAAAUGAAGUCCCGCUGCCUCCAUCUCUCAAGGAUUCAAUUGCUUCAGUGUUGAAGCGGUAUAGUUUGAGCAGUUCAGAUACAAAUGUGGGAGACGUAGAUGCUAAUACUUCUGAGCACACAAAGCCUUUGAUCGUUAAGGAGGAUGUUUCAGUUGAUUUUACCAAACAUUUUUCUGGAGGAAACCAUAUAGUUGAAGCUGAAAGGCGAAAAGUUGUUGGGUGGAUCAUAUCACUGAUCUUCUUAGGGGCGUUUGUCCUUACAUAUGCAGCUUCAGAUUUCACUCUUCCUAGUUCUGUUCGCUUUGCAUUGUGUGGAGUUGGAGCUGCUAUUCUUUUGUGUGGUUUUGUUUUCCUAAUCAGAAUAGAUCAAGAUGACGCAAGACAUGACUUUGGGCACACUGGAGGUUUUAUUUGCCCAUUUGUGCCACUGCUUCCGAUAGCUUGCAUUCUCAUAAAUUCCUACUUACUUGUUAAUCUUGGAUAUGGUACAUGGUUGCGUGUUUCUAUAUGGAUGGGAACAGGACUACUAGUUUAUGUCUUUUAUGGCCGAACUCAUAGCUUUCUAAAAGAUGCAAUUUAUGUGCCAGCAGAGCAAGUGGAUGAAAUUUAUCAAACUUAUAGAAGCAGUACUGGUUAAUUUCUUCCAUCUCAAGCCAAAGAAAAUAUUGAACACGUAAUCCCUGUACAGGAAGUGCCUCUCAGCUUAGGGUCAUGUACAUGUUUUCUUUUAGAGAAGAAUGUCAUUGUGGUAUGCCUUAAAUUAUCUCUCACAUAUUCACCAUUGUUUAGCAGUUGUACAAUACAUCUUGAGAAACUUGGGGCAUGCUAUGUAGAUAUAUAUUCAACUUUAUACUUUAAAUCUCCUCAAUUUUUUUUUUUUUGCUCUGGAAAAAUUAGAACACCAGAGAAAUCUAUGCUAUAACAAUCUAAUAUAUCAGUGUCUCCAAACACACAUUUAGU